CAGUAUGCCCAUAUUCAGUAUGGAGCUACCAGGCAGUAGGAAAAGAGGACGCCCUCAUUGUCACGUGAUUUGACACGGAAGUUAUUUGUGUAAAGCGCAGACUGGUGAGUAGCUGCAGUGGACGGUAGGUAAGCCUGUGGCAGGUGGCUAGUGAGCCGUUUUGUAAACAAACGUUACCGUCAGCGUAGACCAAGACAUAGCAAGCUUCGUCUUGUUGCCAGCUCUGUCACUCUUUUGGCCGAGGUUGCCGAGCUGUCUUUCUUCGGCGUGAUCAUGGACAGCGGCAGGACGUAGUCAGUAAGCUGCAGCUCCACUCAUGCUUCCUGUGUCACACCAGUCCCAGCCAUGAUAGAGCCUGUGGUUGAUCACCAGAAACGCUUUCAGGCUGCAGUGGAUGUCAUCCAAAAACUCCCCAAAAACGGCUCCUACCGGCCUUCCUAUAAGGUCAUGCUGCGCUUCUACAGUCUGUACAAGCAAGCAGUGUGUGGUCCCUGUGCAGUGCCUCGGCCUGGCUUCUGGGACCCAGUGGGCCGCUACAAAUGGGACGCAUGGAGCCAACUGGGAAAAAUGAGUAGUGAGAGCGCCAUGGCUGCCUAUGUGGACGAGAUGAAGAAAGUUGCACAGGAGGUCAUUGACACCAUGCCCAUUGAUGAGAAUACAGCCUCACUCUUCAAAUACUUUGAGCCUCUCUACCUGUUCAUUGAUGACAUGCCCCGACCUCCAGAGUCACUGCUGAAACUCAGAGAAGCUGAAUCUGCAGUGUUGGAGGUUAUGCCGCUCACCAGUGAUUCAGAAAGUGAAAUUUUCUCUGAUUCAGUGGAUUCGUUGGAGCUCCACCCGGGCUUUGUGGCGAAUCCUGUCGUUCAGGAGGAUCCUGCAGCAGCUUUCUGCGCUGUAACGAUGGGUGCUCCACAGGGAAGUCUGGGGCGGUCCCCGGGUGAUGGAAGUGGGCAUGGAGGUGGAGGAGGGCACGGUUCAGAAGGUGGUGCAGAGAUGCUGCAUGAGGCUCACCUACAACAGCAGAUCAUCCUGGCUCUUCAGAGGCUCAGAGAGGACAUGAGGAGUGUGAUGGACAGGUUGGAGGUGUUGGAGAGGCUUGCUGCCACACACGCUCACAAUUCAGACUUGAGAUCACACCUGCAGUGUUCACCACAACAGGAACAGAUGUCGUGGCCGUUUGACAUGUCUGGGCAGACUGUCGUCUUUUUGCUGCUGUGGCCUUUUGUUGCUCACUGUCUGGUCUACCUG